AUGCCGAUGAUCAAUCAGCCGUCAGGCCAGAUAAAAUUUACAAAUGUCUCUAUCGUCAAGCUGAAGAAGGGAAAAAAGCGCUACGAACUAGCCUGUUACAAGAAUAAACUGCUGGAGUAUCGCUCUGGGGCUGAAACGGACCUUGACAAUGUCCUCCAGAUCCCCACCGUCUUCCUGUCCGUGUCUCGCGGGCAGACAGCCCCGACAGCGGAACUGGUCAAGUCGUUUGGCAAGGACUACAAGACCGAAGACGUCAUCCAGGAGAUCUUGCGCAAGGGUGAAGUACAGGUGGGUGAGAAGGAGAGACGAGAUAUUCUCGAGCGGGUUGAGAAGGAGGUGCUGGAGAUCGUUUCCGCGAGACUCGUCGACCCAGUGUCGAAACGCGUCUACACCGCAGGGAUGAUCGGCAAAGCGUUGGACCAGCUGAGUGCAGCCAGCGGCAAGGAGCAGCAGCAUGGAAAUAGUGGGACGGGGGCGCCACGGCCCGCUAAGGAUGCGGAAGACGGUGACGAUGGUGAUGGUGACGGUGACGAUGACGAGAUGGCCAAAAGGGCAGCAGACUUGACGCUUACUCCCCGGAAGCCACUGUGGACCGGCGUCACUACGGCGAAGUCUGCCAAAAUCCAAGCCCUGGAUGCUAUGAAGGCCCUGAUCGCCUGGCAACCUAUACCCGUCAUGCGUGCCAGGAUGCGUCUCCGUAUCACCUGUCCUACAUCUAUACUGAAACAAGCCGCUAGAUCUGCGACAUCAUCGACCGCCCCGGCCGCCGAUGCAGGGAACACGCCGUCAAAGAAAGACAAAGGCAAGAACAAGAAAGGUAAGAAGGCAGCGGACGACGAGGAAGAGGACGAGGGUAAGCCUGCUACCGGUGCGGCUACUGGGACGGUCAAGGAUCGGAUUCUGAGCUUCCUUGAGCAGGUCGAGUCGCAGGAAGUGAUCAGCGGAGACGAGUGGGAAGUCCUCGGGUUCGCAGAGCCUGGCGCCUUCAAGGGACUGAGUGAGUUCAUCGGCGGAGAGACAAAGGGGAAGGGCAGAGUCGAGGUCAUGGACAUGGCCGUCACUCACGAAGAGUGA